AUGGGAGGUCUCGCUUUCGCGGACGAGCAGCCACCGCUUCACACGCCGCGCAUGCCACCCGCUGUGUACGGUUCCGCGCGUGACCAUCUCCUCAGCACGCUCCGCAGCUUCUAUGCCCGAGCCGAGUGCCCGAUCGAAGCACCAGGCAAGACCGACUACGGCGACAUCGACAUCCUGGUCGCCGAACCACGCCACGUCUUCGACGCCCAUCACAUCUCCGCAGCAACCAAAGCGGUGAAACACAAGAAGCAAGCCGGCAGCCAGACAACUCACUUCGCCAUUCCAUGGCCCAAGCCACCACCGAAACCUCCAGCCAAGGACUCCGCAGCAGAUGCCGCCCCAACCACCGACGACGACGACGGAGCCAAAUACAUCCAACUCGACCUCCACCUCUGCCACCCCUCCUCCUUCCACUGGGAGCUCUUCCACCAAGCGCACGGCGACUUAUGGAGCAUCAUCGGCACGCACAUGCGCCGUCUGGGCCUCACCGCCAACAACUCCGGCCUCUACAUGCGCAUCGCGGAGAUGGAAGCGCGCAACAAGAACGCCGCCCGCAUCCUGCUCACCACCUCCCCGGCGGACACCCUGCGAUUUCGGACGAGAAGGCGUACUGGCGCCGGUUCGAGAGCGCGGACGCCUUGUUUGCCUACGCGGCCAGGGGACCUGAAGGCCAACGAUCGCGCCAGGGCGAGGAAGAGGCCGCUUUUCCGGUCGUGGUUCGAGGCGUAUCUGCCCGCGCAUGUGGAUGAUGAGCCGGUGGAUGCCGUGGCGGCGGUUAUGUCCCGCGAGGAAGUGGUGGACGAGGCGAAGAGGUGGUUUGGGGUGGGCGAGGCGUAUGACGAGAGGCGGAGGAGAGACCUUCAGGAGAUCAACAGGGAGAAGAUGUGGACGCAGAUCAGGAAGGAGUCGGGCAUUGCAGAGGACAGCAUUGGUGCUGUGGUGCGGGGGGUCAAGCGCGAGGUUGUGGCUGCGGAGGAGGCAGAGCAGGGAGUGCAUCUGACCACCCUGCAACGAGCUUAUACACACAGUGAUUUCGAUACCGCCGUGCAGUGGGUGAGGGAUAACUGGAGAGAGAUCGAGGAAAAGCAACGCGCUUACGAGAAGGAGAAGAGCACGAUGAAUCUGUUGGCCAAGCUGGACAGAAUGAGAGCAGAAGGUAAAGCUGACGAUAGCACCAGGCUUGGGAAGGCUAAGAAGCAGCUGGCACCGGACGCAGCGAGCCAAGAAACAGGCCUCGAUCUGAACGGCGCGUGA